CAGUACUUCCAGGUGAAAAGUCUCUCCAAUAUGGCGGCCCCCUUGGAGUUGUUCUGUUGGAAAGGCGAUUAUGGAUUAGCUUCAGUAGAUGUCGACUGUUUAACUGUGCUGGCCUAUGCCAAGUUUGCUGGUGCUCCUCUUAAAGUUCACAAAAUCACCAACCCAUGGAGAAGCCCUACAGGUACUCUGCCUGCUCUGAAGACCAGGGAAGAAGGAAGCAUCUCCCAACCCAGUAAGAUCAUCAUUCAUCUCAGGAAGCAGGUGAACGACCCCCUCUCAACCCUCAGAGAGAGGCCAGUGACACAAACACACACACAGAUCUACACAUUGUGGAUAGACUCUAAAAACUAUGUGGAUGUUACGCGGUGCUGGUAUGCAGAAAACAUCUCCUUCCCUCUCAACUUCCUGCUACCCAACCGCAUGCACGGCCAGCAGCUGGAGAAGUUGAGGCUCGUGAGGGGAGACCCAGUCCUGGAGCCCGGUGAACAGCUGGAGAAAGAGCUUUAUCGUGAUGCAUUUGAAUGUAUGACCCUCCUAUCGCAGAGACUGGGGUCACAGAAGUUCUUCUUUGGAGACUCUCCCUCAUCGCUGGAUGCAUAUGUGUUUGCACACCUGGCUCCUCUGUUGAAGAUCAAACUGCCUAAUGGAAAGCUCCAGCAGCACCUCAACUCUCUGAACAACCUGCAGCAGUACUGCACCAACAUCCUAGCACUCUACUUCCCCUCUGAUGCACGAGAGGCACCAGGUCGCAAGAUUCAUGUUCAGCCUGAUAGCAGUGACUUCGACAACGAGCCCCACAUGCGGCGUAACCAGAUUCUGUCGGUUCUAUUCGCUGUGGGAGCCAUGCUGGGUUACGCCAUCCUCACCGGGAUCGUUACGAUCAAGCGUGAGCAGCCACAGCUGAAGAACUCAGGUCGUGAUGAUGGAGAUGAAGAAGAUGAGGACUAAGUAGAGAAGGAAACAUGGGAUGGGACAACAAGCGCACAUUAUCGCUCACCUGCCAUUCAGAGUGAAGCUGCACACACUAUUACCUCAGUUCUUUAUAAUCUCCCAUCAUGCACGUGUGUGCUCUUAACAGAAUCGCUCACUUGAUGUAGCCUCAAGCGAGCCCCAUAUUGGUGCUUUUAAUUAUUGUUAAUAUAAUUGUUACUAUAAUAGUUGUGAUCUGUAAUUUUGUCAGGUCUCGUACAGGCAGGAAUUUUGACUUGAUUUUCAGGUCAUUAAAAGAUGUCUCACAGUUUUGUGUUUUAUCUUCUGAUCUGCAUUCAAGUAAACAUGCCACUCCAUCUGGGUAA